AUGCCUGCUGCUGGAACAUUCUUUACUCUUGGUGCUGUUGGUGCUGCAGGUGCUGCACUCUACAUGAACAAACGCCGGAAUUCAGUGGAAGCUGGCAAUCAACAAAGCAAUUCAAAUGAUAUGUCACCUCACGCCAUGGCUCGUCGGCGGUCAAGCGGCCUUGUCCAAAAUGAUUUAUACGAAGCCAGAAAACAAGCCGAACAUCACUGGCGACGCCAAUACGGUGCUAACUUUAGCCAUAACUCGCACCCAAGCUUUCCCAUGAUGCAAAACACCAAAUAA